UGAUUUAUAUUUAUCGCAGAAAAGUAGUAGUGCAGUUUAUGUUCAUGAGUGAGAUGGAGUCUAUGUCAAAUCUAAAAGUUAAGUGGGAAGGCAAUGAGGUUAAAACAAUGCUUGGCAUUGUUCGAGAAAUGAAUCUGGUUGCUCUGCUUGACCAAGAGGAGUCUAGAUCAGAAGUUUUGUACAAAGAAGUUGAGAAACAGUUGACAGCGAAGGGAUACAAGAAAAGUUUCCAACAAAUACAUUAUAAAGUGAAGGCCUUAUGGUCUACUUUCAACAAGAUAGUACGUCUGCAUUCUGUUGGUGGGACGGCUCACAUAACAUGUGAUUAUUAUGAUGAGCUUGAUGAAAUCUUCGGCCACCACCCAGAUGUUGAUUAUACAAAUAUGGGAGUGGAUACUGGAACCACAAACGCUGUAUCACUAGAUGUUGAAGGAGAUGCAGCUUCAACUACAGAGACAUCUUUUGAUACAUCCAAUCAUGGAGAGAAUCCAGAAUCUGGAAAAAGACCUUCAGUUGACUUUAAAAUCCUUUUCGAGAAACAAAGGGAGUGGGAAGAAAAAAUGAUGCACGAGCAAAUGGAAGCCCAUGCGCAAUUGAUGAGAGAGACUGUGCAACAAAUGGGGACGAUACUCUUUGCAUGUGUGUCGCAGCUUUCAAAAAAACGAGGGUCUGAGGAGUAAAUAUGGAUGAUUGUGUGACGAC